UUAGAUCGAAGCUCCAGAUGGACUUGAAUGGGCUCCGGGUUCAGUUGGUUUGUUUUUUAAGUGUAAAAGUCAGUGCUUUAGAUGCAUGGAGUCUGAGUUAAUGUUGGAUACUGAUAAUUUAUAGUGGAUUUUUGGAAUCCGGGGGAACAAAUUUCAUAUCUGACAUGCCAAGAUAUUCUAAAAAAUCUGGAGGAUCCAUGGUGGAUAUAGAUCUGUGCUUGUAGGCGAAAACAGGAUGUCGACCCUGCCAUCGGAAAACAGCCUUGAAGAUGCGUACAGCCGCAGCUUCUGGAUGCCUGGGAACUAUCAGCGCACUGUGAAGCGAACAGAAGAUGCUUUCCAGGCCUGUAAUGACAUCGUGGCGUGUUUCCAAGAGAGAGCUCGCGUGGAGAGGCAAUACGCCCAGCAGCUCAGUGAAUGGAGCAACAAGUGGAAGCCAGUGGUGGACUCUAGUCCUCUAUACGGCUCUCUUAUGAAGGCUUGGCAGUGUUUUCUGUCCUCCGCCGACCGGCUGGCCGCCUUACACGCCACCAUCUGUCGCUCCCUGGUGUCGGAGGAUGGAGAUCGGGUCAGGACCUGGCAGAAGGAGACCUUCCACAAGAAGUUAUUUGGAGGCUUCAAGGAGUCCCAUGACGCUGAGACGGGGUUUGCACGUGCUCAGAAGCCGUGGGCUAAAAGACUUAAAAAGCUGGAUAAAGCAAGAAGAGCAUACCAUAAGGUGAGCCGGAAAGAGCAGGCAGCCAGAGAGCGAGAGGCACACACUCAGGGAAACCCUGACGUCUCCAUAGACAAACAGAAGAAGAUCCAGGAGGAAAGAGAAGUGGCUCAACAGGAGGCUGAGAAGGUUCGUGCGCGCUAUGAGAAGGUCCUGGAGGAGGUGAACACCUAUGCUCCUCGCUACAUGGAGGAGAUGGAGUCCGUCUUUGACCAAUCACAGGAGGAGGAGCGCAAGAGGAUUGUAUUUCUCAAACAGGCUUUCCUUUCCAUCCACAAACACCUGGACAUCACCAACAAUGAGAGCGUGCGGGCCGUGUACAACGAGCUCCACAACACACUCAUGGCUAUCGAUGAGCAAGAGGACCUACGCUGGUGGAAAAACACCCACGGGCCCGGCAUGCCGACUGACUGGCCUCACUUCCAGGAAUGGUCACCUGAAAAGAAAACCAAAAAAGGGAAGAAAGAAGUGGAAAAGACAGGAACAAUAGAGAAGAGUGUGAUGAUUGGAGGAGUGAAAGUAAGGGCUCUGUAUGAUUAUGUCGGCCAGGAGACGGAUGAGCUGUCCUUUAAAGCAGGUGAAGAGUUUCUGAAGAUUGAGGAUGAGGAUGACCAAGGAUGGUGUCGGGGGAAGAAGGAUGGUGGGUGGGAGGGGCUUUACCCAGCCAACUAUGUGGAGGUGGUGUAGUGACCGCAUGCAGAUUGAAUGUGAAAGAUCUUGUUAUAUCACCACAUUUCACAGCCUGGAUAAAUAUCAAAAUGUCAAAAACACAAACUCAGCGCUGUAAACUCAAAGUAGCUGUUAGCCAAAGAUGGGGAGUGUGAGCACACGUCGGUGGAUAUUUUGGCGUACAGAGAUUUUUUUUUUUUUUUUUUUAUUAAACUGGUAUAUAAUCUCGAAGGAUUUUUUUUUUGGAUAUGUUUUAAUAUAUACAGUAUGCAUAGACCACUUGUAUUGAAGCCAUAUAAAUAAACAAUGCUUUAAUGUAAAGAAAAAAAACAUAGCAUGCUGGAGUGUAAAGGCACACAUCCAUCUGGUGCUGAAAUCAGUAGUGGAGCCAGAAAAUUUUAAAGGGGUGGUCAGGCUGAGACCAUCAUUUCUCAUCGUCUCAAGACUUAUUUUUCUUGCAUGGCAAAUUGCUGCAGGUCAGAUAAUCUCUUUGCUCUCAUUGUGACUGCAAUGAAUGCAACGUAAAGUUCAUUAAAUCGUUACAGUUUUAAUAAGUGGUCAGAUACAUGUGUGUAGGAGCAAUGGCAAAGAGAAAUGGUUUCACAAAAAAAAAAAAAAAAAAAAAAAAAAAAUCAAUCCAGUUCGGCUUACAAAAACAAAACAAAGAAAAUUAAGUUAUGCAGUUGUACAUGGCCCUCUGAUAGUCUGUGGUGGCCAUGGGCCCCCUGGCCCCCCGGGUCGCUCCCCUGACUAAAAUUGCUGUAUAGAGUGCUAUUUUCUUUUAGCUGCUUUUUGUUUUGUUUUUUAAAGCCUCAUGAUAUUAAAAUGCUCGCAAAGCCUCACAACAUAUGAAAAAA